ACUCCUGCCGCCGCUGCCGGGCCGGCCGCCCCUCCCUCCAACUUCCUUCCUCGGGUGCCCUCCAUCGCCGGAUCCGCCGAUGGGAGUGGGCAACCUCUGCUGAGAGGUAUCUAUGCCUACGGGCCAUUGGUUUCAACUGAUCCGUCAUUGAAAACUGAAAGGUCUAGUGUCCGUGUGACAUAUCAGGAUCUUGCUCAAUGCGAGCAUUCACUUUCUAAUUUAGGUGUUUCAAAGAAAAAUGUAGAUCAUGGAGCUGCUGGUGCUGAGAUUAUAUCCCAGCAAAAUCUGAAGGAUGCUGGAGUUAUAGGCAGUGCUCGAUCAGCGGAAUUGUAUGGGCUUAACAUAUUAGAGUGCAACUUUCAGGAUGCUUCACCUAAUGUCACAAGAUACCUGGUAUUGGCCAGAACUGCUAACAUUCCCAAAGAAUAUGAACAAUAUAAGACAAGCAUCGUUUUUGGUCUUGAAGAAGGUCCUGGGACACUUCACAAAGCCUUAGUAGCAUUUUGGAAGAGAGAUUUAAAUUUGACAAAGAUUGAGAGCAGACCAAACAGGGGCAAACCAAUGAGGACUCUGGGAACUGAAAAGCAGUUCAAUUACAUUUUCUAUGUUGAUUUUGAAGCAUCGGUGGCUGAAAUCCCCGCACAAAAUGCCUUGAAGGAACUAGAGGAAAUCGCAAGUUUCCUGCGUGUCCUUGGCUGCUACCCAAGCACAAGUAUCUGAACGGCCUCGAGCUCAUCAGUUUCUUCCACCUUGGAGACCACAGAGAGAAUGGCAAGGUUGACCGAAGGCGAAGGUUAACUUAAUUUUGAUGGCAUCGUCUCUAGCUCAACGAAAAACAUGAGAACUGUGUUCAGUGCAAGCAAAUUUUAUCCUGUUACAGGCAGCCGAACCUGAUUCCUGUCGUCGGAUGUGUGCUUGAUGCAAAAGUUUUGGUGAAGUUUAGAUGUUUUUGAGGAAAAUAUGAUCCGAUUUAAUUUAUUUCCAAUGGAAAAAACAAGCUCGACGAACUCUGAACUGCCUGAAAGCAGGAAACGCAUCCUGGAAAGCAAGAUAAAUGGAAACGGGCAUGUGUGAUCGAUGGAUCCUUUUUUUU